GCUACAGGUCAUGUGACAGCUGGCGCUAUCGUGGCCGCCAUGCGGCUCUUGAGACAGACAGUGCUCUUAGGACUGGUGGGGAGCAGAGGAGUACUGAGAGGCAUGUGUGCUCAGGUGGGAGAUUGGCAGACUGCCAAGUCCAUCUACGAAUUUUCUGCCAAGGAUAUUGAUGGCAAUGAGGUGUCCCUUGAUAAAUACAGAGGGUAUGUGUGCAUCAUUGUAAACGUAGCCUCUAAAUGAGGAAAGACCAGAGUAAACUACACUCAGCUAGCGGGAAUGCACGCCUCCUAUGCUGAGAAAGGUUUACGCAUCCUGGGCUUCCCAUGCAACCAGUUUGGAGGACAGGAACCAGGGACUGAGGCAGAGAUUAAAGAAUUUGCUAAAGGUUACAACGCUGAGUUUGACCUCUUCAGUAAGAUUGAGGUGAAUGGAGACAACGCUCACCCUCUGUGGAAGUGGAUGAAGGCCCAGCCCAAAGGCAAGGGAACCCUGGGAAAUAACAUCAAAUGGAACUUCACAAAGUUUCUUAUAAACAGAGAAGGACAAGUGGUGAAGCGAUACGGCCCGACGGAUGACCCCAGCGUGGUGGAGAAGGACCUGCCCACGUACCUCUAAUACAACUGUCUUCUAUGUGUUAGUUUGACUACUGACUUCUCCCAUGGACUUCAAGGUAUUUGUGUGUGUGUGUGUCUCUGGACCAGUGACGGCCUGUCUGUAAACCCAACACUGGGGAAGGCAGGCCUGAUGAUCCCCAGCGUGCAAUUAACUUCCAGAGCCCACCCACACCAAACCCUUUAAGACCAUAUGAGAUGGAAUUCAUUAGUUAUCCAAAGUAGAGAUACAUCACAUCGUACUGCAUCCUCAGCUCAGCCAUUCCUUUUUUCUAAUUCAAAUACUGUCUAGUCCUCUAUGAAUCUUAAGUGACAGGUUUGUGCAUGUGUCAAUGUCAGUUUUAUGUAAGAACAUAGGAUGCCAUCAAUUUCACAGAUUUCUGUAAUGCUACUGAAUAUUGUUUGCACUUAACUAACUGAGGGCCCAUUAUUGUACCAUGAUUUAUCAUGUGUUGAAACUGGGAAAUAAAUGCUGAGUGACUGGUUA